CUUUCAAAUUUAAGUUUAAUAGCUGACGUACGACCAGACAUAGAAGAUGUCUAUAAAUUCAUUGCCAGAGUUGUCUUUACUUUGCCAUCUGUUAGGGAAUAGCCAUGUGAUGUCACAACUGCCAUCGGAAUUUCGUAAUGUUCUUCGGAGAGGGAAGAAGCACCUGGGUUUGAAAGUCUUUGCUGAAGCAUUUAAAAUGAUUGGCAAUCCCUUGGUUGUUGCCAGGUUACGGAACACUUCAGAGAUUUUGUGUCCAGAUGCUGUGCAUGUGGAUUUCACAAUAUGUCAGCAAAGAGAGCUCGUAUUACAAGUGUUGUUUCCGAGUAGAGUAGACAGUGUGGUUGUUGGAGAAGCUUCUGACUCAACAUCUAAGGAGUAUUCUUCAGUAAACUGUUCCAGUCUUUCAAAUAAAAGCUCUGUUCCUGUUUCUGGUCAGACAUCGGAUAGUGGAUUUAAAUGUGAUAUUAACAUGUCUCUGAGUGUUGACUGCUUCUGGGAUAUGUUGGAAAAUCUACAUUUGGCAGUUGAUGAAUUGUGUCUUAGUAAGGGACCACCUAAUUCUGCAAUAAUAAAGGAGUUUUUAAAUACUUGGAUUGAACGAUUGAGUUGUUUGAUACAUGGAGAUGGUGGAUUGUCUCAAAACCCUGCUAAAUUUGAAAACAAAAAUGAAAUGGAAGAGAUGGUGAGCAUGCUUGAUGAAACGAAGCAACUUUCUUCUGCAUUGAGUGUGACGUAA